AUGCCUCGGAUCAAUGGACAAGAGGUCGGCACCACCGGCCACGGUUUGAUGGGCCAUAUCCGACGCCCGGAUCCGAUCCCUCAUGAGCGGGCCUUCGAGAUGAUGCGCACCGCGCUCGCAAAGGGCAUGAACUUCUGGAACGGAGGCGAGUUCUACGGGACGCCCGAGAACAACGCCAUGACCCUCCGACCCUCCUGGACGCCUACUUGGCCAAGUACCCAGAGGACGCCGACAAGGCAACUCAACGGCCAUAAGAAGCUCGAUGUGUUCGAGUGCGCCCGCCGCGAUCCCAAGGUGCCCAUGGAUGCGGAAGUCGCCGCCUCGACCAUCCACGAGGCCGUCAAGCAUGCCAAGAUCGUGGCCGUCGAGGCCGAGCUGAGCAUCUUCUGCCCAGAAGUCCUGACCAACGGGGUAGCCUGCCGCGUGCGCGCAGUAGUAUAG